CACCGCAUUCGACGUACGCGAGAUCUGCAGCGGACAAACGCGAUUGGUGCCGAAGAGGACGCUGGUGAUUCUGCAAUACACGGGCGAAGCGGGCGAAACGAGCUGGGCUGCGACUCAACCACAUGUUUAAAACCGUCUAUUUGGACACAAUUUGUCCGCAAUUCGCUGUUUUAAAAAGGGAGAAGACGACGACGACAUUGAACCAGCCGGCCGCGACUGCGAUGUCGAUAUUGAGCAUUCGCUGAAGAUCUCACGGGUGGAAGCGAGCGGAGCGCAGCCGGUGAAUUCAAGCCGAGUCCAACAGUUAGCUAGCAUUAGCGUGUUAGCUGCGUUUUAGCUCGCGAGCCGCUAAUUCGUCCACUCUUCGCCGUACACCUGCGCCCCGUGUUGUUGCCGUCGAGCCGGCAUCAGUCCACACCGGUGCCCCCCUCCCUCCCUCCUCUCCUCCGCUGAAAUAUUCUCCAAGGUUUUUUUUUUUGUAUUAGUUUCAUAUCCACGGCGUGACACGACACGACACGAGACGAGGAGGCAACUGCGACAGGUCGUAACGUUCAGGAGCAGCCGGGCGCAACGAGCGGUUUGUCCCCCGAGUGGCCGUUCACCAUGGACAACGCGCACACGAAGACGGUCGAGGAGGUCUACAGCUUCUUCAACGUGAACGAGAGCACGGGGCUGAGUGCAGAGCAUGUGAGGAAGCAGCGGGAGCGAUAUGGACCAAACGAACUGCCAGCUGAGGAGGGUAAAUCCCUUUGGGAACUGGUGAUUGAGCAAUUUGAGGACUUGCUUGUGAGGAUCCUGUUACUCGCCGCCUGCAUAUCCUUUGUGCUAGCCUGGUUUGAAGACGGAGAGGAAACCGUCACUGCUUUUGUGGAGCCCUUUGUUAUCCUACUUAUUCUCAUAGCAAAUGCUAUUGUGGGAGUCUGGCAGGAGCGAAAUGCAGAAAAUGCCAUUGAGGCGCUUAAAGAGUAUGAGCCAGAGAUGGGGAAGGUGUACCGCCAGGACAGGAAGAGCGUCCAGAGAAUCAAGGCCCGGGACAUUGUGCCUGGGGACAUUGUGGAGGUGGCAGUUGGCGAUAAAGUGCCAGCAGACAUCAGGCUGACUUCUAUCAAGUCGACCACACUCAGAGUAGACCAAUCGAUUCUUACAGGAGAGUCUGUGUCUGUGAUCAAACACACCGACCCGGUGCCAGACCCACGUGCUGUCAACCAGGACAAGAAGAACAUGCUCUUUUCUGGCACCAACAUCGCAGCCGGAAAGGCCGUAGGUGUGGUGGUGGCCACCGCAAGCAGCACAGAGAUCGGCAAAAUCCGAGAUGAGAUGGCGUCAACGGAGCAGGAGCGCACACCGCUGCAGCAAAAGCUGGAUGAAUUCGGACAGCAACUGUCCAAGGUUAUCACACUGAUCUGCAUUGCCGUGUGGAUCAUCAAUAUUGGGCAUUUCAACGAUCCUGUCCACGGAGGCUCUUGGAUCCGCGGUGCUGUCUACUACUUCAAGAUCGCUGUGGCUCUGGCGGUUGCUGCAAUCCCCGAGGGUCUGCCUGCUGUCAUCACUACUUGCCUGGCGCUAGGAACGCGCCGCAUGGCUAAGAAGAACGCUAUUGUCCGCAGUUUGCCCUCUGUGGAGACCCUUGGCUGCACGUCUGUCAUCUGCUCUGACAAGACUGGCACUCUGACCACCAAUCAGAUGUCUGUGUGCAGGAUGGUUGUCCUUGACCGAGCUGAGGGUGAGCACUGUUCCUUUAAGGAAUUCACUGUCACAGGCUCCACAUACGCCCCAGAUGGAGAAGUGUUCCACGAUGGCAAACCAGUCAAGUGUUCCCAGUACGAUGCCCUGGUGGAGCUGGCCUCCAUCUGUGCUCUCUGUAAUGAUUCCUCACUGGACUAUAAUGAGACCAAAGGUGUGUUUGAGAAGGUGGGUGAGGCCACAGAGACGGCUCUCACAUGCCUGGUGGAGAAGAUGAACGUGUUUGACACAGAUGUCAAAGGCCUGUCCAAGAUCGAGCGAGCCAACGCCUGUAAUUCUGUGAUCAAGCAGCUAAUGAAGAAAGAGUUUACCUUGGAAUUUUCCAGAGACCGGAAGUCCAUGUCUGUGUACUGCACUCCAAACAAAGCCCGUUCCUCUGCUGGCAAGAUGUUUGUAAAGGGUGCUCCAGAGGGAGUGAUUGAUAGGUGCACACACGUCCGUGUAGGCAAUAACAAGGUGCCACUGACCCCCGGCAUCAAGGAGAAACUCAUGUCCGUCAUCAGGGAAUAUGGAACUGGCAGGGACACCCUGCGCUGUCUGGCUCUGGCCACCCGAGACAACCCCAAGAGCAAAGAUGAGAUGGUGCUGGAGGACUCCACCCGCUUUAUUGAGUAUGAGACUGAUCUGACGUUUGUCGGCUGUGUGGGCAUGCUGGACCCUCCCAGAGCAGAGGUGGCAGCGUCUAUUAGACUCUGCCGUCUUGCAGGCAUCCGAGUCAUUAUGAUCACUGGAGACAACAAGGGGACGGCGGUGGCCAUCUGCAGACGCAUUGGUAUCUUCGGCGAGGACGACGACGUCUCCAGUAUGGCUUACACUGGACGAGAGUUCGACGAUCUGUCACCUGCCGCACAAAGAGACGCUGUGGUCAAGGCCCGCUGCUUCGCUCGUGUUGAGCCUUCACAUAAAUCCAAGAUUAUCGAGAUCCUGCAGUCCUUUGAUGAGAUCACAGCUAUGACUGGCGAUGGAGUGAACGAUGCUCCUGCUCUUAAGAAGGCCGAGAUCGGCAUCGCCAUGGGCUCCGGUACGGCCGUGGCCAAGAGUGCCUCCGAGAUGGUGCUGGCUGACGACAACUUCUCCACCAUUGUAGCUGCAGUCGAGGAAGGCAGAGCCAUUUACAACAACAUGAAGCAGUUCAUCAGAUACCUCAUCUCUUCAAAUGUGGGCGAAGUUGUCUGCAUCUUCCUGACUGCAGCUCUCGGGUUCCCUGAGGCUCUAAUCCCUGUUCAGCUGCUCUGGGUCAACCUUGUGACCGACGGUCUGCCUGCCACCGCCUUGGGCUUCAACCCACCAGACCUGGACAUCAUGAACAAACCCCCACGCAACGCCCGCGAGCCCCUGAUCUCCGGAUGGCUCUUCUUCAGAUACCUCGCCAUUGGAUGUUACGUUGGUGCUGCCACUGUCGGUGCUGCUGCCUGGUGGUUUGUUGCUGCUGAGGAUGGACCAAGGAUUACGUUCUACCAGCUGAGCCACUUCCUUCAGUGUGGUCCAGAGAACGCAGACUUCCAGGAUCUGGACUGUAAGAUCUUUGAGUCCCCUUACCCUAUGACCAUGGCCCUGUCUGUGCUGGUCACCAUUGAGAUGUGCAAUGCCCUAAACAGUGUGUCAGAGAACCAGUCCCUGCUGCGUAUGCCUCCCUGGGAGAAUGUGUGGCUGCUGGGAGCCAUUUGCCUCUCCAUGUCCCUUCACUUUCUCAUCCUCUACGUGGAGCCUCUUCCAAUCAUCUUCCAGAUCACCCCUCUGAAUCUGACUCAGUGGCUGAUGGUGCUCAAGAUGUCGCUGCCUGUCAUUCUGCUGGACGAGUUCCUCAAGUUUGCCGCCAGGAACUACCUGGAGCCUGGUAAAGAGCUGGAGAAGCCUGCCGGCUCCAAAGGCUGCUGCCUAUCUGCAUGUAUGGAGGGCAUCUCCUGGCCCUUCGUGGCCCUCUCCCUCCCCCUGGUCCUCUGGAUCUACAGCUCCGACACUAACAUGGCCGACAUGUUCUGGUCCUGACUGACUUGAGCACAACCUCGACUUUUCCGCCACCAUCAUUCCACCCCCCUCCCUCUCUCCCUCCUCCUUCUUACCACCAUCACGUCACUCUUUCUUCCCCCUCCCUCCUCCUUCUCUGCCUUCCUACAUAAGCAUAGCUAGUGUGUGUGUGUGUGUGUGUGUGUGUGUGUGUGCGCGUGUUUGUAGAGUUAGAGUGUGUGCUUGUGCGUGCCUACCGUGUGUGUAUGAGAAGGACCAACUUUAACACCUGAAACGUAACGAAUAAUAUAAAAUUUUAACAUUGAGAAAUAACCUGUUUUGUGUUGGGAUAGUAGGAUUUGUGAAUGGAUGAGGCUUUCAAAUGCGAGUGUUAGACGACCAUCACUCCUGUAGCUGUGGACGCUGUUGCUGGUUUUGAAGGAAAUAUACUGUCGCCAUUUUCUUUUUCUUUCUUUUUUUGUCAAUAUUGCCUCUGAGGUUUAUAUUUUAAAUGAUUUUGGGGAAUAUAUUUUGUCUUAUGUCACUACAGUACCAACAGUAGAUAGUUUCGCUGAGAUUCCCUCUCCAUGGAAAAAGAAAAUUUAAGAUAUCAGAAAAAACAUUGAUCUGUACAGAGAAUGAACACUAUUAUGCAAUUUUUUUUUUUUGUUGUUUUUUAAAUGGCUUUGUAAAUUGUUUGACCAGCGUGGCUUAGACAUACCGCCUUCAUUUAAUUUCCAAUGUUUACCAUUGUGUCUUCAGUAUAAAACUCAGAACUCUUUCAGAGAGGACAACCUGCGUGUGGCAGACGAGGACGGGGGAAGGUUUGGGAGUGAACGUGUGAAUGCUCCACAAAAGAGAGAGGGGAAAAAAAGAAUCAUGGAAAUUAAAAGCUGCAUGUCUCGUGACCAAGCAUGAACUGUAUAUGGUUUUCUCAUUUCUAAUUUAAUUGUGUAUGUCCCCCCCUCCCCCAUUGUUAAAGAGUAUAAAUUCAUGGAUGUUUUUUUACUAUAAUGAUUUGAAAAAAAAGCCAGUUUUUCUGCACUGGGCAGAGCACAGCUACCUCAACAUGAUAAAAAUAUUAUUUUUUGCUCAUCUCUAGACACUCUCCUUCAAUGGUCUUGCUAAAGCGUAACAUCUGAGGUGUGCCCCUAUUUGCUUGUGCAGAAAACAAAGAACACAAUCUUCCUUCACUCUUAACACUUUUAAGGAUAUAUAUUCUUUGUCUUGAUUUUUAAAAAUCUUUUUUGACUUUCAUUAACUUUAAUUUUAUUUUUUUGCUUUGGAGACAGAACUGAAUGGGGAUGUUGUGUGGUAAUAACCAUCUCCAUGGCGUUUGAUUCAAAGGAUGGUAAUAUUAAAAAUCUUAAGAAAACAAUACUAAUACAAAAUGAACUUGGAACGAAAAUAUGAUCCCAAAAUGUUUGUUUUUUUUACUUCAAGGAAAAAAUAAUACACUCUUGAACCCUUUGAAUCAAAGUGUUUUCUGUCUUUAUUCAAUGGGACUGAGGCCAAUGGUUAUCAACAUUAUUCACCUCCAGUGUUUUUGUAUGUGCAUAUGAUACUUGAAUACAAACCAUUUCAGACAUAUGAAUGCUUCAGUCUUCUUGGCACAACACGAUGAGAGGAAGGAGGAAAUAACGACGACGGUGAAACCGAUCUCUAGGCUUGAAUGUUUAGAGAUCUUAGUUUGUGCUAAGUGGGAUACCAUACUUUGUGAUAGUGUAUACAUGUUGGAUCAGAGCCCAUACGGUCAGCUACACUAAUCCUAAGCAUCCUAUUGUAUGGAAAAUGUUAGGAACACCCCCUCCCUCCCCCUCCAUUGUCUUAAAGCAUGCUUUUUUGGCCGGGGGGGGGUCGGUGUUAGAAGCCUGCGUUUGUUUGCACUUUGUGUGUGUUUGUGUUCCACUUAACUGUGUGCUUUCUUCCUCAAUGCCUUCCAUUGGCUCCCCUGUCACUAGAGUUGGCUCUCAUAAAAAGUUUCACAAAAUUUAAAGAGUGGGCUCCGAGGCUGGAGUCGUCCUACCAUCCAGCAUGUGCGCUCACUCUUAGCGCCACACACCUUCCGACACCACGGUGACCAGCAGUGUGUGUGUUUGUGUAUGUGUGUGUGUGUGUGUGUCUGUAUGUACCGUUGCACCAACAACAAAAAAAAGGAAAUUCCCAGUAAUAACACCAAAUACAUAGGGGUAGAAAAACUGUUCCCAUGGCCCCAUGCACCACAAACACAUGAACACACACCUCUCAACACACUCAUACCUCUGCGUGCAGAUGCUAAAUCAAUACGAUACUGUUCCAGGUUUUGUGUGCGACCUUGUUGUCGUCCCCCCUCUUGCAUGAAGAUUUUUUUUCCAAACUUCUAUGGUAGUGUAGAGAACCUUUAAAAAAAAAACACUGGGUUAAAUGGUCUUAGCUGUACAUCGGUGUACAAAAAAAAACAUGCAUGCGUUUCAGCUGUAUGUAGGCUUUGCAAUUUGUAUUUAUAGAUUCUAAUGUAUAAUACGCCAGCGACAUAUUAAGAUGCUUUUAAGAUGGUUAUAUCGUAGAUUUAAGGGAAAAAAUCACUGUUUUUAUUGUAACGAUCUGGGUAAUUUGCACAAUAUUAGACGAUGAGAACUGACUCAUACUGAACUUGACUGUGCUCUACUUGAGUUUGAUAUAUGUUUUUUUUACUCUUUAUCCCCCCGCCUCUUUUUUAACUACUGUAGGCUGAUCACCAAACCAUUUACAUUACUGAGUUAGUCCUUUACUGUGAGGACUACAGACUGACACUUUGAUUCAUUGGUAAUCCUGCAAUACAACAGUGUUCUCCUGAUUUCUAAUGGCCUCUGCGUUAUCUUACUAUUAUUAUUAUUAUUAUUAUUAUUAUUAUUACUACUACUAUCAUCAUCAUCAUAUAUCUUUAUCAACUGCUGUAAAACUGUGAUCUAAUGUGAGGGGGGGGGGCCAUAUGCGGGCCCCCCUCGGUAAACUCCUGGUCGAAGAACAAUAUUAACCAUAUGUAAAAAGACGAUCAUUAUUGAAGGUUGAUAAUGACUGUACAUGCAUCACUGAGGUUGUGGUUUCAGGUAAAUAAAACGGUUAUAGUAUUUGA